UUGAUCAUUUUCUGCAUUUUCCAGAUUGUUUUUCCGGAAUUAGUUAGUUGCUCCGCAAUAUGCAAGCUUGUAAAUCGAGGAAAGAUGAAGAGCGGCAGUUUUGGCGGGAAUUCCUUCAGCUGUAUCGUGCUCUUCCCGAUAUGUGGAAAAUGAACAGUGAAGGCCACAGGAAAAGGUCCAAAAGAGACAAGGCACUCCAAAUACUCAUCGCUAAAAUGAAGGAAAUAGAUCCUGAUGCCAGUAAGGACAGUGUAGGCGCCAAAAUCAAUUCCUUCCGGAGUACCUACAAAAGAGAAUUGAAGAAAAUGAGGGAAGCCAUGCAGUCUGGUUCCGAACACAUACCUACCUUGUGGUACUUCCAUGACUUGGAUUUCUUGAGGCAUGAGGAUAUCGAAGCUCAAGAUACUUCAACGCUGGACGACAUGGAGUGGAACGAAGAAAAUAACGAUACUGAGGGCGAUGAAACAAGUUCUCAUACCUCCCAACAACAGCUAACUUUUACACGUAAACGCAAGAAGCCAUUUGAGACACCCGAGACGGACAGCGGAGAGUCGCGUAGGAUUAAACUGCUGUCUUUGGCUUGCGAACGUCUUGCGACACCUCCCUCAGAAGCGCACAUGCUAGCACGGGCGUGGCGUACGGAUUAUGAGAAAUUAAGUCCAGAUCAGCAACUGUACGCUAAGAAAUUCAUCUCAGACAUUCUUUUCGAAGGACAAUUAGGCACCCUUCAUAGAAACUCAAUCACCGUCAAUGAUCCUCCUCCGUCGAUUGGCAUCAAUGUUCCAUGCACCUCUCUGCUUGGCUACAACCCAGGCUCACCAGCACCCUCAAACAUGGCCAUGCAUGAAGACUCCCGACAUGGCUCAGGGCAGAUGAAACAGAAACAUGGAUCGACGAUUGGAUCCGCUCCAUAUCCCUCUCUUAUUAAGGACUAGCUGCCCCGACAGACUUCGUACUGUCUUUGAUCGGUCGUGGGUUUAUCGUAAACAGGAACUUUAAAAUUGUAGUAGAUAUAAUUUUAUCUAUUCCAUAAUUUGGAAGUAUUCGAUUUAUUAAUGAUCCAAAUCAAUAGCUAGGUCCGUUAGUGAUGUUGCAAAUAGAGAUGCGACGUGAUUGUAAAUAUGAGCUGGAAAGUUAACAUGAUGUUUGAGUUUUAAGGCUUUGCCUUUCGGGCUAAAUGACGUCAUUUGGAACAACGAAUUAUAUUUUCCCAAGUAUUUUUAAAAAAAGUUUGACUUUAGUAUUCGGCUUGCACAUAGCUCGUUAAGUUCAAAUGCUGUGUAUUUAACGGCAUUACAAUAUGACACACUUGAUCCAUUUUUCCCCGGUAUUCAGCUUACGAUGAUUUAAAUAGUCACAUGGUAGAUCAUAACUAAAAGCACCCCACUUCAAAUUAACUCAAACGUCGAUCGAUCAGAUCGAGGGUCUUUCUUUUCUCUCGGGCAUUCUCGGUGAUCAUUCCAAUCGCAAGUUGUUCUUGAUAGAUAGAAUAUGUUGGUAUUGCUUUCUAUUACUAUUCGGUUACUGCUGCUUUAUAUGUUUGUGCAUGCAAUUCCGAUCGUUUACCAUUCAUAAUCCGAUACGUUGAAAAUUGUCAAUGAUAAGAGGCACGUAAAUCAAUAGUCGAAAAUUAAUAUAAUUCUUGAUCAAUUCAAAUAUUUCGCAACUGAAUAAGUUUUUGUUAUUGUUUCAUGUAAAUUGAUUUGUGAAAAUUAAAGCAACUUCUUAAUUAACUCAUGACUUAACUAAACUUAAGAAAUUGUUAAAAUUUAAACCAACAAUAAAGCUUGGAACAGUUAAUACUUGGCCGCACAAAAUAGUUCAUAUCUCAGCCAAAAAAUGACGUAUAAAGAAAAGAAAGGUGUCAUUUUGUAGGUUUUCUUAUUGCCUUUAAUAAGAAAUAUUGAUGCAAAUUAUUCAUUAGUUUUUUAUAUGACUUUUUCAACUUUUACUUUGACAUCACCCAAAAAUGUUUGCACAGUACUGUAGGUCACAUCAUUUGCCCUCCUGUUGCACGUCACCCUCAUUUUAGUUGGUUUUUAUACAUUUCUGAUAUA